CUAAGAUGGUGGUAAUCUCUACCCAGCAGAGUGUGGCAAGUGUCGCCGAGAGAGAGGGCUGCCGAACACGAGGAGGAGGAGGUGUUGAUCCCGCACAGCUGUGUUGACGUCAGGCAUUUCAUGACCAGGAAGAAGAAAUGGCCAAGGUUUCACCAGAUGUUGCUGAGGAACUAGUCUUCCACCAGACGGAUGACAGGUUCUUCCUAGAACCAGUCAAUUCAAGACAGGUCCUCGUCAUCGACCGGUUAAGCCAUGAUAUCAGCCUUGAGGAGAAUGUUGGCCAGGUGCCUUUUGUGGCCACCAGGAGAACAGUGUAUGGCUUGGUUGGUAUCAUCCACCUCAUAGCAGGGCCAUAUCUUGUCUUAGUCACCAGGAGGACCAAGGUGGGCAUGCUUAACAAACAGACAAUAUGGCGUGUUGAGGGAACAGAUAUAGUACCUUAUGCCCGUUCAACCACCUUCCUCACGCCAGAGCAAAGGCAGUACAAUGACAAAUAUAUUGCUAUGGUACAGCAGGUGCUAGCAACACCAUACUUAUAUUUCUCAUACACAUAUGACCUGACACACACCCUCCAGAGGCUUUACUACACUGCAGAAGACUUCCUCCAGAUGGCUUUGCAUGAACGAGCUGACCCAAGAUUUGUGUGGAACCAGCACCUCCUUCGAGAUCUGUGUGUCCAACCUGAAAUGAGUGCCUUCUGCCUCCCGAUCAUGCAUGGCUUUGUCUCCAUCAAGCAGUGUAGCAUCAAUGGGGAGUGGUUCACCUGGUCCCUCAUAUCCAGAAGAAGUGUCUACCGAGCAGGCACUCGCAUGUGGAUGAGAGGCAUUGACCAGGAUGGUGCUGUGGCCAACUUUGUGGAGACUGAGCAGGUGGUAGAAUUCCGAGACUUCCGUUCAUCUUUUGUUCAGACCCGAGGCUCCAUCCCUCUAUACUGGUCUCAAGAGCCUAACCUGAGGUACAAACCAGACCCACGGAUCAGAAAUGCAGGCCACGAAGAGUCCCUAAUGCGACACUUUGAGGCUCAGGUGCUCUGUUAUGGACGGCAGGUGGCAGUGAACCUCAUCAACCAAAAGGGUCCAGAGGGGAAGCUACACAAUGCCUUCCAGCACCUAAUUGAAACAAAUGGAAGUCAAAUGAUCCAUGAUAAUGUCCGCUAUGAGCACUUUGACUUUCAUCACGAAUGUCGCAAGAUGAGGUGGGACCGACUCAGUAUCCUUCUUGACCGCCUGGAACCUGACCGUGAAGCUAUGGGAUAUUUCCUACUUAGAGAAGGGGUGGUAUUGCUGGAGCAGGAGGGAGUCUUCCGUACAAAUUGCAUAGACUGUCUAGACCGAACUAAUGUAGUGCAGUCCAUGCUUGCACGCAAGCACCUGCAAGCUGUCCUCACUCGUAUGGGGAUUCUCUCAGAACGGCAGAGGAUUGAGGAUCACCUCUCCUUUGAGAAUGCUUUCCGUAAUGUCUGGGCAGAUAAUGCAGAUGUGAUAAGCACAGAGUAUUCUGGAACUGGUGCCCUAAAGACUGACUUCACUCGUACUGGGAAGCGAACACGUCUCGGACUACUGAAGGAUGGGUGGAACAGUGCUGUCAGAUACUUCAAGAAUAACUUUGCUGAUGGGGAUAGACAGGACAGCAUAGAUCUGUUUCUUGGCAAAUACCAGGUGGAGUCUGGUGAGGGAGUGAACCGGCCCUGUCCCCUCAAAACACAGAAUGGUAACAGGCUCCUUCUGCUGCCUGGGGCUGUAUUCUUCUCACUUUUAAUGGUGUUUGCCUGUGUCCUCCUGCCCUCUGAGUACACCUCCUUCACCCUCCUCUCGCUCUUGUUCUGGGCAGCUAUGAUGGUUGCUGCUGCCCUUGCCACACUCAUGCAGGGCAGGCAGCUGGUUAAUGCACCACGCCUGGCAACUCAGAGCCUAACCCUUACUUCAGCCUCUGCCUGAUUAGUUGCUUCAGGAAGGUAAUGUGGUGUUCCAGCCAUUUUGUACAUAAGAAUUUCAGAUUUAUUUAGUCAUCCCUCUGUAAAUAGGAAAUCACAGAUUGACUUGCAAUAACUUUGGCUCAUUGAUCUAUAAGCACAUUAUUUAAAUAAAUGAAUUUAUAAGUAUUUCUUCAAUUGAAUAUAAUUUGUGUGAUAUAGUAUUUAUGUUUUAAGCUAUGAAUAGUUUUUCCUCAGUUUCUUGUAAGAAGACCAUAACCAUUUUGACCACUAAGUGACUAAGUGACAUUCUCAUAAUUCACUCUCUACACUCUGCCUUACUGCCUUCACUGCUGUUGAGUCAUUGAUCUUGCACUUUGCAGCCAGCUUUUCAAAAUAAAAUAUAUAAGCAAAAGUGCUUUAACAUGUCAAUAUGUCAAUGCAGUCUCAGAUUCUUGAUACUCAUAAAUUUGAGGAUCAUGUAGAUAUUUUGUUGUACAAGUGAAUUUCCUCUUUGAUGACAGCUCUCAGUGUCACCUGCAUUGCACAGAAUUAGUGUAAUGCCUCAUCCAGGUGAUGCAUACACUUGCAAAACCUGCUGUACCUUUGCCUGUAAAUGUUAAUGUUUAUAGAAUGUUGAGUGAAACUCUUCAAUACAAUUGGGAUUAUUGAAACAUGCUAAGAAUUGUUAUGAAGUGCAUUAUGCAUACAGUGAGGUCUGGCAACUUAUUAUCUCAGGAAGUCACAGAGAUAAAAGAUUUUUUUCCCUAAAGUAGACGGAUCUGUUGUGCAGUUCUUGUCUGCAAUCCAUUUUAAUGGUUUCUAUAAAUUACUAUAAGUUUACAUAAAAAGAAGCUUCUGCAUUUAUGAUGAUACACAAAAUAUCUAUGCAUUAAAUAUUAUCAUAUCUGCAGAAACCUAGAGGGAAACUUGUCCACAUUUCAAAAUUUUGUUCUGAAUAUAAAAGCAUUUUUGUUAUGGACCUGGUCUGAAUAUAAAGAGUAGUUAGAACAGAUUUGCUGUGUCACUACAUUUCAGUAAAAGGCCUAUAAUGUAUGUAUACAACUGUACAUUGAUAUUUAAAAAUGUGUUUACACUGCACUACACUGGACUGCACCUUGACUGUGUUUUCUAAGCUUUUAAGUAACUUAUCAAUAUUUGAAGUCUCAUAUAUUUAGCAUGAACAUCACAGGUAUGGACCUGCAAAUGUGUUGAAAUCAGUACACAUUUAUAUUUGAUAUAUAUAUAUAUAUAUAUAUAUAUAUAUAUAUAUAUAUAUAUAUAUAUAUAUAUAUAUAUAUAUAUAUAUAUAUAUAUAUAUAUAUAUAUAUAUAUAUAUAUAUAUAUAUAUAUAUAAAGGUUAUUUCAAGAAAAAAAAUGUCACAUGAUUUUUUGGCCACACCCAGUGUGCACAUUUGUUCAUCCUUUACAUUUUGCUUAUGUGACAAUGAUUUUAAGGAUAUUGUUAUAUUGUUCAUCUACCACUGUCUUAGGACAACAUAGUGACAACACGCAUCAGGAAGUUUAUCAUCAAGAACAAGUUCAUGAUGUUGAAUGCUUAAGAAAAGUCUUCUCUCUCAGGAUCCUAAUAGAACACAGAGCAUAGCAUAAUCCAGAUUUUUAAGCAUAAAAUUACUGGGAAAAAAAAUCUGGAUGAAAUGGUUUUAUUGUCACUAGAGAACAUUUAAUGCCAAACUUGAUGUGCACCUGAAUGAUUCUUAUAUUCUUAGUAUCAUAAGUGGAUUGCCAUCACAGAAGAGAUAGCAGAUUGUCUUGAUGAUGAAUACAGUUAGCCUGAAUCUUAUUGUGCUAUAGGUGCAGUAGUGGUGGAUGCCAUUGUACGCUUGCAUAGCAACUCUGUGACACAUAAAAAGGUGCAUUGCAGGAUGGCUGCACAUUUAGGUAGUGCUUUCACUAGUGCUGGCAUUUAUUUACAUUAUUUAUAUUAUGGAUGAAGAAAAGGGUAAUAUACAUCACUUCUUAAAUUACUGAAGUGAGUAAUUUUAUGACCUUGCUUGCCUGAUUUUUUUUCUAGAUAUUAUGAUUAUAUUUAACAUAUGACUUUUUGUGGGUAUGUGUGUAUCAAAACUACACUUACAAGAUACAUAGUAAAGUUAAUAUUGAAGCAAAAUUUUGAAAUAUUUUUACAUCCCAACAACAUUUAUUCAGCUUGGCAGUUCUGUACUUGUACCAGUCAGGCUGCACCAGAGUCAUCAUUCCUAAGACACCAGACAUGAGUCUGUGUUAUUAGAAUUAUUGAGAGAUGGAAACAAACUACAAAGCAACAAGUUUGCAAGUUUAAAUAUAGAUUCAGGGACCAUUUAGCUUUUUUGUCUGUUAAUGUUGCAGCUUCUAUGUGCAUCUGGUAAGGAGUGUUCUUGCGACAGCAUGGGGUGGAGGAUUUCAUCAAAAUUAUUAUUCUUCAUCUCUUUGCAAGUGGAAUUAUGACUGCCACUUAUUUAUUAUUAUUUUUUUUUUCUUUUGCAAAUGCAAUUACUUUUCUUCUGCAUAUGUGGAGUAGCAUACAUGAAAAAUAGAAAAAAAUCAACCCAAAAAGAAGUUAUACUGAAAAAAGGUGUAAAGGCAAUCAAAUUAAUGCUAUACAUGCAUUUACAUUUUGCUGUAUUUUAUUGUAGAUCUAUGUUCAUUACUAUUGUUUGUAUUUGUUAUAUCUAACAUUCUGUCAAUAAUUUGUGGUUAUUCAGGUGGUAUUUUUGUUAUGCAGUAUAUGUAACAACAGGUCAGAGGUCUGUGGUUAUUGGUACCUAUUAUCACUUCAUUAUACAUGCCACUAUCUUACAAGUUUCAUGUUCAGUGCUCAGGUAGCACAGUUUAUUUAUAUAUUUAUUUAAUUUUUGGUCUUGUGUCCCAGUGAGAGUCAUGAUAAAGGAAAAGAUGUAUGCCAAUAUUGUAUAUCAGCUUAAGAAACUUAAGAUACAUAUUUUACCAGUUAAAUGGUGUUAGUCAGCAACAACUACACUGCAAAAAUAAAAAAAAAUCUUGAAGACCACUACACAAGAAUUCAUGCUUUACAUGUCUGUAAUUACAUGCACUUUUAUGCAAGUGUUACCUCAGAAACAUUCCUCACAACACACAACAGUGCAUUUUCUCUGUGGCUAUUUACCAUAGGAGUUCAUGGGCAAGACUGAUACCUCUCCAUCCCAACAGCUAUCUUGUCUGUCUAACUGUAGUUGUGGUCACGGGAACUGUAGGCUGCAUUGCCAUACUCUGUCCAAAAUUGUGCAUGCAGUACAUUUAAGGAAUACUUAUCACUUUUGAUAAUAUAUACAGAGAUCAAUGGCUAACUGCUGCAGGAUUUAUUAUAUGAAACUCAAAAUUAAUUACAUUUAGUGGUAUUUGCCAUUGCUGCAUAUAUAUUAUUAAUAGUCCUCAUGACUGCAACUAUAAUUACUUUGCUAUUUUUAGAUAUGAGGUUCAGAGGUACACAGAACUGGAUCAAAAAAGGGUUUUCUAGAGAGAGAGAGAGAGAGAGAGAGAGAGAGAGAGAGAGAGAGAGAGAGAGAGAGUUCAUAAUUGUGGUGAAUAUUGCAAAUAAAAGUGGCAAAUUAAUAAAUAGAGAAAUCUUGCUUAUUUAACAUUUAUGGUGCAAUGUUCAUCACUUCUCUUGUUUUGUGACAAUUGCAUAUAAGCAGACACAGAGGAUGGGACUGUUGCUAGUUUCCUGCUCCUGUGGGACUUAAAGGACAGUUCCUUCACUAUUACUAUUGUUGGUGAAGAUGCAUUAAAAAUUAAUUAGCAAAUACUCUCUGUUUAGUCAUGAAUCUGAACACAAUCCUGUCAUCUGGGAAACAUGUAGAUUGAUAUACAAGUAAACUGGAGUAAUGGAAAAAGGCACCAUGAAUGAUCAGCAAAGGUAUCCAGUAAUUGGCAGUGCAAAUGUUUUCGUAUAGGCAGUGUGCACUAAAUUCUUGUAUAAUUUUCUUUUCUCUUCGUUAUGACUUGUAAAAUUAAUAUAAGCGUGUGAAGUGAGCAGCUGUGUAUGUAUCAUGUAGCCAAAUUAAAACCUACCUCAUUUGCUUCAUGAGGCAUAUGAGGUAGUGUUCGUAGCACAUUCACUUGCACCUCACAAAACAAGCAUUGUAAGCUGAAACAUUUCAUCACAUACAAAACAUAAAGUUCAUGAGAGUGGUUCUUGGUAUCAGUGCCUGCGGUGUGCCAUUCACAAAGAAUCCAGCAUGAGUAUUGUGCAGUUUAAAUAAUUAGCAUUGGUUGACAUUAUUUACUACAUCAGUGCCCUCAAUCUAAAGGACUCAGUCUAAAGGACAUCAGUAUAGUGAAAAUCAAAUAUGAAGAAUCCUUUAAGCCUUUUGAACAGCCUUAUAUUUAACAAACUCUUGGUCAUCAUAAGUGGUGGAUGUUUGUUUAAUUAAGGGAAAGGAAAGUUGUUAGAAUAAGAGUGAUGCACAGGUACAAAUACACUGUUACUAGGUAUGGCACAUGUGGAUGGUGUGGGUGAUAACAAAUCUUACUCAUGCAUGUAUUCUGUGCUCCUGCUACUCAAAAUUCCUAAUGUCUGAGUAAUUGUUACUUAGCUGCUUGUUUUAUAUAAUGAUCUGAGUUUGCUAAAUGGCCUUGUUGUAACAACUGUCAGAGAUAACAAACUUUUGCCUUUGCAUUCCCCCCUCAUUUGGUUAAUUAUUUUUAGCAUUUGCUGUAUUGAAAGUUAAUAGCAAACUCUCAUGUGAAACACUACCUUGAACUACAGUAGAUUCAAACCACCUAUUUCUAUAUUUUUAGUCACAAACUGUAACUUGAUAAGACUAUUACUAGAGAAAGUUUCUGGCUUCAUCAGUUUUAUCAGUGUGGUCACAAUUGUUCCAAUACAUUACCCAGCUGUCCUCUUGUGAGGUGGUGGGUUGCUGUCCUACAGAAUGCUAUCACAGCAACCCUGUUUGGGAUAUACUGUUCAUAUAAUCACUUAUUAAUUAAUUGUUUGAUUUCAAUUAUUCUACAUCAUUAUUAUCAAGUUUUACAAAGUAAUUAAAUCAUCAAAGUGUUGCUACAUCUUUGGUGACUUAUUUACUCAGAUUUAAUGUUUGAUGCUGUAAAAGUUGAUCAUUUGCAUUAUUGUAAUUUUCAGUUAAAUUUUCAAGAAUUUUUAGGACACUUUCAAAUAUAGAGAAUUCUUCCAGGGUUAGGCAAAAAAAGACCUUCUUGAUUAAAGAGAAUGCUAUCUUUAGAACUGGGUAACUGCUGUGGGAAUCAUGAACCUAUGCCCAUGAGUCAAACAUUGUGAGUCACCCAGCCUCCACUUUUAUGCAAGCUGUAUUGCAAUCUUGUCUCAGAGCACAUACCUUGGAAAGGGUUAAGAUGGUUUUUAAACUUGUAGUGUGCCAACUAUGCAGUGGUACUUCCUUUUAAUUAUUUAAUGUUAUUUACCUUUAUAUAGAAUUAUGUUCAACUGUUAUGUAUUACAUAUUUAAGAUUUCAAUUUGCUUUUAAAGCUUGGAUGGGAGUUCAAGCAAAAUCAAAUACCAUGGCUUUGCUGUGUUUCUUUGUUGUUUUCUCCAGUGAGACCAAUUGUCAGGUUUGAUUGUAAGGAUGUUUGGAGUGGGAGAGGGAGAAAGAUCAUACAAAUACACAGUUCAUUCCAUAC